AUGAGGCCCAUCCUGUUGGCGGGCCACGAACGUGCCCUGACCCAGAUCAAGUACAGCCCCGACGGCGAUCUGAUCUUCUCUGUUUCCAAGGACCAAAUCAUCUGCGUCUGGUUUUCGCACAACGGCGAGCGGCUGGGGACGUACCGCGGCCACCAAGGUGCCAUCUGGACCAUUGACGUCGACCCCACCUCCACCAUUCUCGCCUCGGGAUCCGCCGACAACACAAUCAAGCUCUGGGACAUCAAGACGGGCAAGUGCCUGCAGACAUGGGACUUCCCUACAGCCGUCAAGCGCGUCGAGUUCAGCGACGACGGCACCAAGCUGCUGGGCGUAACAGAGAAGCGCAUGGGCCACCUGGGCACCAUCGUUGUGCUGGACAUCAAGCUCGACGUCGAGGCAGAGCAGUCUGACGAGAAGGCCAUGACCAUCGUGUGCGAGGAGAGCAAGGCCACAGUCGCCGGCUGGAGCUACCUUAGCAAGUACAUCAUCGCCGGCCACGAGGACGGGUCCGUCUCUCAGUACGACGCCAAAACCGGCGACCUGAUUUACAACAUCCCGAUCCACGAGCUGAACCAGUCGAUUACCGACCUCCAGUGGUCGCAGGACAGAUCAUACUUCAUCACCGCGUCAAAAGACAAAACUGCCAAGCUCAUCUCAUCCAGAGACCUCGAAGUCCUUAAGACCUACCCAGCCGACACGCCCCUCAACAGCGCGACCAUAACCCGCAAUAAGGAUUUUGUCAUCCUAGGCGGCGGCCAGGCCGCCAUGGACGUGACUACGACCGCCGCGCGGCAGGGCAAGUUCGAGGCGCGCUUCUACCACAAGAUCUUCGAGGACGAGAUUGGGCGCGUGCGCGGCCACUUUGGUCCGCUCAACACGGUGGCCGCCGACCCGACGGGCAAAGGGUACGCCAGCGGCGGCGAGGACGGCUACGUGCGCGUGCACCAUUUCGACAGGGGCUACUUCGACUUCAUGUACGAGGUCGAGAGGGAGAGGCAGAACAGGCUAGCGGCGGUUGUUAGUGCUUAA